AUGGAAGACAUUCACGGUGUUGAUGUAUCAUGGCUGCAUCACUCGACUAGAGACCAUCACCAUCGCCAGCAGGCGCCCUCGUCGCCCGGCCUGACCAGAGAUGCGCCGCCCAAGACAUCGUCGCAUGGUGGCCUACCCGCCAGACCCCGCCACGACGAGCAGCAAAAUAAUGAGCCGACACCGGCGCCCACGAGACCCGCAUCGCCGCCGCGACCGCCCCCAGCUGCUGCCGCUGGCCCAACUCCUCCACAAAAGAUACCGAAGCGUCCAGCGCUGCUUGGCCGCGGCAGUACCGACAAGAAUGGUAGCGGCACGACGCCACCCGACGCGAAGAACAGCUCGCGACGCAACUCGUGGAUGAACAGCAUCAGCUCCAAGUUCUCGUCGCAAAACUCGCCCGCCGCAACAACACACACCCAAGCCCAGGGCUCCCCCGCUGCUGCUAAUGGCACAGCGAACGCGUCACCCUCAGCCAACGGCGCCCUGAAUGGCAUACAGGCAGCUUCGGGAGGCACUAAUGGCGCGCCUGAGCCCUACAUACCGCAGCAGCCUAAGAGCUCGUUCGUGGGGAACGUGUUGCGACGCCUGUCAUCCGGGACCCAGGUCGGCACUGCUGGCAAGGUCUACCCGAACGGCGGCAUGUGCCCGCGCAAGAUCAUGAACGUCGACCCCAACCGAGAGCGAUGUCUAGUUCCGGAGUUGGAUCAGAGCAAGUUGCGCAAGGUUGCAUUCUGCGUGGACGUUGAGAUUGCUGGUGGACCCAAGUACAAGGAUGACGUCGAGACAGACGACAAGACCAAGCGCAAGGAAAAGAAGCUCAAAGAGCGCGGCGAGGGCGAGGCACUCAAAAACCCGGAUGCCGUGGCGGAGGAAAAGGACAAAGACGGUGUCGUCUCCAUCGCCCAAGAAGUCGUCGGCAACGAUUCCGAGUCGAACCCAGAGGGAACAGUCGUGCACGAGGACAAGCAGGAGCCGAGCCGGAAGAAGGAGAAGAAGAAGCGAUCUGAGGCUGAGCGCAAAGAGCGGAAAGAGAAGAAACGCAAGAAGGCCGAGGAGAAUGGCACAAUCCCCAUGGAGCUUACUAGAGACGACGACAGCGCCAGCGCUGAAGGCGUACCUGCUGCGACUGGAGCGCCGACCCCUCGCGCUCAAGACCGCCCGACGAUCGACCCGCUGCGUAUCUACCGAAGAUGUUGCCAGCUCCGCGAAUCCCCCAUUCUCAAACGCAUCAGCGACCAGCUUGCGGCACCACGCGCGUGCUCCGUUGUUCAGCCUGGAGUUGUCACCUGUCUGGACCUGACAGGGUCUAGGUUGCAGCUGGCCGACGUUUUGACGCUAUCGGACUGGCUCGCCAUCGUACCUGUGAAGAAAUUGUUUUUGGAAGACGCGGAUCUGAAUGACGAGAAGAUACGGGUCAUACUCGCCGGUCUCCUGGCUGCCAAGGUUCCUGAGCCGCCGAAGCGACGUGAUCUAUCCAACGACGGAACACAGGACGGGCUGUGCCAGCAAGGCUCAUGCGCAGUCAAGAAGCUGGUUCUCAAGAACAACCCAAAGAUCACCGCUGAAGGCUGGAAACACAUCGCUCUGUUCCUAUACAUGUGCAAGUCCAUCAUGGCGGUCGACGUGUCGAUGAUACCGUUUCCCAAGUCUCGCCCGCAGGUGGCUUCCUCGCCCACGAACAGCACACAGGCGCCGUCGCCCAUCAAGGAAGCCAGAUCGGCAGAUGUAGCCGAAAUAUUCUCCAAGGCCAUUUCGGAACGACUGGGCGGCUCCGAACUUCAAGAGCUAGCCAUGGCUGAAUGCAACCUCACUUCGUCAAGCAUCCGGAAAAUCAUCGACGGCUGCGUCAUCAGCGGUAUUACACGUCUUAGUCUGGCGACGAACGACAUCGACGCCGAAGGGCUGGAACACGUCCUACACUACUUGCGCUCUGGUGUUUGUCAGGGUAUUGACAUUGGGGGGAACGACCUGAGAUCAUUGAUGGACAAGAUUUGCGAAAGUAUCAAGGCCUGCCCGAACAGCCCACUCUGGGCGCUGUGCCUACAGGAUACUAAUCUCACUCCGGACGCUCUCAAGACCCUUAUUCCGACUCUCAUCAAUCUACCUUCCUUCAGAUUCCUGGAUCUCUCGCACAACAGAGGCCUCUUCCUGGGCCAGACAUCCCUGUCUCUCCUGAGGAAGUACAUGCCUCAAUUCAAGGAGCUGAAACGCAUACAUCUCAUGAAUGUCGACAUGAAGCCAGAAGAUGCGAUCGCUAUUGCGGAGAUUCUGCCGGACUGUCCACAUAUCGCACACAUCAACAUUCUCGAGAACCCUGAGAUAACACGCGUCGCUAGUUCUACCGACGAGGAGACACAAGAAGAAGCUGCUGCGCUAUAUGCAUCACUCACUCUAGCGGCCAAGCUGUCCAAAUCGCUCAUUUGUGUCGAUGUCGAUAUCCCAGCUCCAGAACAAGGCGAAGUCAUCAAAGCUCUCGCCAAACAAGUCGUCGCAUACUGCUUGCGCAACAUUGAAUCCAUCAAUGAAGUACCCGAGCUUCGAGCAGCACCUAAGGAAGUUGAGGUUCCAGACAUCCUGCUGCAUUUUGUCGGUACGGAAGACAAUUACAAGGGUACUGACGACGUGUCAAAUGCUGCAGAUAAUGACUACAUUGUGGGAGGCACAGGAAUCGCGAAGGCGCUUAGCUACUGUCUUUCACACAAAGAAAACGAUCUCCGAAGGGUGUCUGUCCCAGCAAGUGGUACCUCUACUCCUAGAAGCAGGAACAGGGUACCAGUGCUUGAAGAGCCGAGCAAGGCCAGAGCCAUGUCCAAAGAUCUUCUCGAGACUGCGCGAAACACACGGUCAAGAAUUCAGCCUGCACUUAUCAGAGAGGCGAAGAGUGACAAUGACCUGAACUACCGCCGUUUACUUUUCCUAGAUACCACACUCCAAGGCAUGAUCCAACGCUUUGAAGACGAAUACCCAGAGACGCGUCUCCAACCAUCCGACGCUGCUUCCACUACGAGCUCCAAACUCAGCAGCUCACCACCUACCUCCUUCGUACCGACACUCGAAAACAGUGUCUCGACAGACUUCACAGCCGAUCAAUCCGACGAAGACGAACCCUCCACCCUACGCUCGCGACAUAACUCCGACGUCUCCCUCGCAUCCCGGCACAUGUCCCUCGAAGAAGGACGUCUUCAUCGCUUCGGCCACCGCGUCCGCACCGGUCUCUUCAACCCGUCCCGCCCCACCACCCCCGACGUCUCCGAAAACCACGUCUCCUUCAUCUCCGGUACGGCAGAUGACCAAGGUCUUCCCGAACACCUUCGCACCCUACGCGCAUACUUCCAGAACUAUAGCGGCGACGAGAUGAGGCAUAUGAUUGAGGGCAAAGGCUGGGAACAGGCUUUCAACAGCGUCGUGGAGAACGCCGAAGAGCUGAGGAAUUUGGAGAAGGAGGACCCGGAGCAGUUUAAAUUGUUCAAGGAGAGUCAGAUUGCGGCGCUGAAGAAUCGUAAUCCUGAUAUUUUUGCGCCGGGCGAGAAGGGAAGGGAGAGUGCGGAGGCGGAGGCGGAUGGUGGGGAUGACUUUGCUAUUGAGGAUUGA